UUUUCAUAGCCUGUUCCCGAUGACACUAAGAACAGUUUGGGCCCCAUGUUCACUAUAACGUGAACUCUAUCUAUGUUGCAAAGUAACUGACAUGACUGCUGGAUUGACUCCCUUCAGACAUGACGUAAUUAGUAUCUAAAAACACUUUCCGAACUUGUCAAUAAAAAUAGUGUGCCAUCCCAAUCCGUCGAAAUUAAGUAAUCAAUCUGAGCCCACAGGCCCUUAUGUCUCCAAACGCCAAACCUGAUCCAUCUGCUGAAGGGGGACAGUCUGAGAAGCCAUACAGUCGACUGGAUGAACUAAGAGAAGGUGAACUCAAGAAGGGAGAUUGCGGAAGUUCGCCGGAACAACCUCCAUCCUGGCUUGACAAGGAGAUGUUCGAUAGAGCUCGAGAGCUCUUUAAGAAGCACUUCUUCAGCAUCUUCUUCUGCCAUCUCUCUGGUUUGAUGUUCAUCGUACAUUUGCCAAAAAUGACAGAAACUUUACUAUCUACUGGCCAUUCUUCAUCAGUUGUGUGUCUUUUCCGAAGGUAUCUGAGUACCUUAGUCCAUAUCCGACGCUGGUACGAAGGGGAUAUAUGGAACCCGGACGAUCCUGCCCACCAGAGUAUUACACUAGUCAGAAGUAUGCAUCGAAGAGUGGCUGAUCGGCUCAAUGAAGAAUCUACCAGCACUAAUACUUGCUCAUCAGUUCUUGGAAAAGAUGAAGGGAUAAAAUAUCUUAAUUCUUCCAGUUAUUCCAAUGGCACGGGAAUGGCAAGCAACAGACAGAAUAUGGCAACAUUUCAAGACUACAAGCCAAAUUCAUUACGGAAAGGCAAUCAUAGUGAGAAGAGAUGUCCUAUGCAGACUAGAAGUACUUCAGAAUCCAUGGCAAUAUCCCAGUUUGACAUGGCUUUAACACAAUUUGCUUUUGUAGGCCUCAUUCUUUCACAUCCAGAACAUGUAGGAAUACGGUGCAGUCGAGAAGAUUUGGAAUGCUUGAUACAUUUCUGGCGUGGCGUUGGUUACAUGCUUGGUGUCGAGGACCGAUAUAAUCUUUGUAAUGGCGGACUAGACGAGACAGUAGCUAUCUGUAAAAACAUCAUGGAAUCCGAACUUAAACCUUCUUUACUUCAGGCAUCAAAGGAAUCUUCAUCUAUGAGUAAAGGUGAAAUAGGAAGUAAACCAGAUGUAUCAUCAACAACUCAUCAAUUGGAGGAGUUUUGCAUCAUGCUUGAAAAUAUCUUUAACGAACAUACUCUUAUAUACAAAGCCGAAGUGGAUGCUGUGAUACCUUACAGAUAUCCAGGUCCAGGAUCUGGUGAUACUUCAUGCUACACGGAGCUGAAAACUUCAAGGACGCGUACGAGAAUCAGUGCAGAAAUGUAUUUCUAUCGAAAUAAAUUACUAAACUGGUGGACACAAUCUUACUUAGCUGGCAUUCCUGAAGUGAUUUGUGGAAUGAGAGAUGAUUUGGGUAUUGUAAAUUCAUUGGAAGUUAUCAGAAUCAGUAAUAUGCCUAAUUUGGCUCAGGGAUUUUGGUCACCAGACGUUUGCUUACACUUCUGUGAUUACUUUUUGAACUACCUUAAGAAAACAGUGAUAGAAGAUGAUCCCAAGUAUAUAUACUAUUUUCACUUUAUUUCACUUUCAAUGUUAAAUCAUACAGUGCAAUACCUUUAA